AUGACCAAUUUCUGUAGUCACUGCUGUUGUCAAACCCGACGAACAACAAGGUCUCGUUAUCUGACGCCGACCAUGGAAAUAGAGAAGUUAAUCAAGAUUCACACUGAUGCAGAGCGUUUAAGUCAAGAAACCACUACCACUACAGAACAUGAACACAUCACAUUUGAACUAUACGGUCCCUCUCUGGUUCUUGAUUUUCAACACCAGCAAGUAAAACGAGGAAAAAGAAAUAAACUUUGGAUAGGGCUAGAGAGUUGAAACAUAGAUCCAAACACACAAACUUAUAAUAAAGAAGAAAGUGAAGUGAUGAUCAUCUUUUAUUUGCAUUCCCUCUCUUUAGCUAUGCAUUACAACAAAGUGUUCAGUGUUCAUAAUACCUAUACACAAAAUUUAAUACCAAAUUACCGAAUUCAGUCCCGAUCAGUUUGUUUACAUCAGAAGAAAACAGAACACCGACUUUCACGUGUCCAACAGUUUACGCGAAACUGACCAAGAAAAGGCUAAAUCCAAACCUAUGAAGAAAACUAUCAAAGUAGACCCUAACAAAGAAACAACAACUGGUAAUAUCAUCUUUUUCCACAGUCGUCUACUUUUAAGCAAUUCUUUAA